AUGUUUCCCACUCAUGAAUAUAUCAAUAGACUAACUGACUCCUUUGAAAUAGUUGUGUAUCGAGAUGCCCCCGAUAAGCAGCAGCGAGUGACCAUUCUGAGUGGAGGGGGUUCUGGCCAUGAGCCUGCACAUGCCGGCUUUGUCGGAACCAAUAUGCUUGAUGCCGCUGUCUGUGGUUCUAUCUUUGCCUCACCAAACGCAGCCCAGAUUGAGUCUGGUCUGAGACACAUUCAGUCUCCCAAGGGGACACUCGUCAUUGUGAAGAAUUACACUGGUGAUAAGCUCAACUUCACAUUAGCCGCAGAUCGCUUUCGCUUGGCGACAGCCCAGCCCAUCCGUCUUCUCGUCGUAGCGGACGAUGUCUCCAUAGGCCGAAGUAAGUCGGCAUUGGUCGGCCGACGUGGUCUUUCUGGCACCACCCUCAUCCACAAGAUCUCAGGUGCUGCUGCGUCAGAUGGACUAGACUUGGAUGGCAUCGUGGAAAUUGCCGAGUUCGCCAUGGAUAAUAUGGGGACCAUUGGAGUAGGGUUGGAUGGCUGUCAAAUCCCAGGCCAAACAUCAAACGAAUCUCGUUUGGCUAACGACGAGAUUGAAAUCGGUAUCGGUAUUCACAACGAGCCUGGAAGCAGGCGCAUCAGCCCUCGUCCUAGUCUUGAAGAUCUUGUCCAAGGUCUGCUUUCAAACCUCCUGGAUGAUGAUCCGGAGCGCAAUUACAUUGCCACGCCUCCGAAGGCGGACCUGACAGACAUCGUGGUCCAGAUCAACAACCUUGGAAGUCUUUCAGCUCUGGAAAUGCUAGCUAUCACGAAUGAGACAACCUCUCAGCUCCAUGCCACGUACGGACUUAAGCCUGUUCGAGUGUACUGUGGUACGUUCUUGUCAGCAUUGAACUGCCCUGGUUUCAGCAUCACGCUCCUGAGCCUCCCCAAGAUGAGCAAGCACUCGGCCACGAUCGUGAACUAUCUUGAUGAGACAACCGAUGCUGUUGGUUGGCCAAGUCAUCUAGCAAAGGCUGCCUGGGGAUCUCCAGUUUCCGCGUCCCUGGGCGACGUGCCCACAAAGGAUGAGAAGCCUACCCAAGAUACUCCUGGUGUCCCUUGCGACAAAUCUCUGUUCGAGUCUAUCUUGAACUCCAUUCACAAAUCGCUCGUUUCCGCUGAGCCUGAAAUCACCCGCAACGACACCAUCCUUGGCGACGGUGAUUGCGGUACAACCCUCGUGGACGGUGCCAACUCCAUCAUCAAAGCCCUUGAGGACAACACAAUCAACACAUCAAGUCUCUCCCAUGGCAUGCUCGAAAUCGCCGAUUUACUCUCUCUCAGCAUGGGUGGCACAUCAGGCGCCCUGUAUGCCGUUUUCAUGACCGCCUUCGCAUCCAACAUUGCGCUCCAAUCUGGCUCCGAGGGUGCCAGCUUAAGCACCAUCUCCGCCGGUCUCUCGCACGGUCUGCGGAGUCUAGAACAAGUCACAGCUGCUCGGAGCGGUGAUCGAACCAUGAUGGAUGCUCUUAUUCCCUUCAUCCACGAGUUUGCUGAAUUAACUGCCAAGAAUGAGUCUGUUCUUGAAGUAUUUAAGGGCGCACGCGCAGCGGCUCAGGUAGGAGCUGAGAACACAAAGAUACUUCAAAGCAAGUUUGGGCGUAGCACUUAUGUUGGGGCAGAGGAUGGGGCAGAUUCCACAGCAGGCAUUCCAGACCCUGGGGCAACAGGUGUCGUAGCCAUUCUGGAUGGUGUGAAGCAGGCAUUAGUGAAAGUAUACAAGUGA